AUGGACGACCAGUCGUCCUUGUACUCGGAUUCCGACGGGCCAGACUCUGCCGUGAAGAGGCUGAAAAGGAGCAUGACCCUGGAUUUUAAUUCGAGUUCCGCGACUAAACAGAAGAAAUUAGCGACAGUGUUAGCGUCGCCAGAUUUAAACAUGCUAAAGUUAGCGUCGCCAGAGUUGGAGAAGAUGAUUAUUCAAGCCAACGGACUAGUGACGACGACGCCUACUCCGACACAGUUUAUAUUUCCCAAGUUUGUGACGGAGGAGCAGGAGGCGUACGCCAGGGGUUUCGUCGAUGCUUUAGCAGAACUGCAAAGUACUGGAGCCAUAACGGUGAAUCGCAGCCAAGAACUUACAAGAACUUUCACAACUUUAACCGUGCCAACAGCUCUUUCUCAAAGUGCGACUCUACCUACAGCUGCCACCGUCCCCGUGUUCCCUCCACCAAGUGAUUUGCCUACAACCACGUCUGUUCCCGGUGGACCAGUACCUAGAGCACAUCGCCCAGCCAGUCCUCCAAAAGCAGCUCUUCCAACGUCCAAGGCGAGCAUGACGGUGCCCGUCUCUAGGCCGGACAUAAGGAUACCACACAUUAAAGACGAACCACAAACGGUUCCUUGCCUAAGCUCAUCGCCUCCUCUGUCGCCUAUCAACAUGGAGUCCCAAGAAAAGAUUAAACUCGAAAGGAAGCGAGCCCGCAAUCGGGUUGCCGCCCGCAAAUGUCGUACACGCAAACUUGAGAGAAUCUCCAGGCUAGAGGACCGUGUCAAUGAACUUAAGGGACAGAAUAGCGACCUUGUCACAACAGCAAGCAGCCUUCGCGACCAGGUGAUGAAGCUCAAACAGAGGAUUGUCGAACAUGUCAACAGUGGAUGCCAGAUCAUGAUGCCUAUGUCACAGAACAUGGCGUUUUAG